UGACGUGUCAGGAAAGUGCCGGAAGCGCCCAGUCCCCUUUCAAGAUGGCUUACCAAACCUUCCAUCAGGAAUAUCUCCAGAUUCCUGUAGUAACUCGGGCUUAUACCACCGCCUGUGUAUUCACCACUGCUGCCGUGCAAUUAGAGGUCAUCACACCUUUUCAGCUCUAUUUCAACCCAGAUUUAAUAUUUAAGCAUUAUCAGGUCUGGCGCCUAAUCACUAAUUUCCUGUUCUUUGGUCCCGUUGGGUUUAACUUUUUAUUCAACAUGAUUUUUUUAUACAGGUAUUGCCGAAUGCUGGAGGAAGGAUCGUUUCGGGGACGCACCGCUGACUUUGUCUUCAUGUUCCUCUUUGGUGGGCUCCUGAUGACUAUAUUUGGCAUGUUUGUGAGCUUGGUGUUCCUGGGCCAGGCCUUCACGAUCAUGUUGGUGUACAUAUGGAGCCGGCGUAAUCCCAACGUGCGCAUGAACUUCUUCGGCCUGCUCAACUUCCAGGCGCCAUUCCUGCCCUGGGUGCUCAUGGGCUUCUCUCUGCUGCUUGGUAACUCCAUCAUCGUGGAUCUGCUGGGCAUCGCGGUGGGACAUGUCUAUUUCUUCUUGGAGGAUGUCUUCCCUCACCAGCCUGGGGGCACUCGCUGGCUCAAGACUCCUGCCAUUCUUAAAAUCUUGUUUGACACCCCGGAAGACGAUGUGAACUACAACCCCCUCCCCGAGGAGCGACCGGGCGGGUUUCCCUGGGGAGAGGGCCAGCGUCUAGGGGGUUAGUCUGUCCACAUCCCAGGAGCGACAUCAUGGGAGGACAGGUUCUUCGGACAGCUGUGGAACACCUUUUUCACCCCAUUUCUCUUUCGGAUUUAGAGGGUGAAAGCCCUCUCUAUACUGAGAGACCAGUUAAUGGAGGUUCUGCUGGCUGACACAUGACAAGUCCCCUGACGAGAGAGUUUCACUGGCCGGACUGUCUCUAGAGACCAUUUCCGAGUGCACAAACCUACACCCCUGGGUUUCCAGGAAGUGACUGCUGCUGGGGAGCACAUGGCCUGCUGGAAUACCGCUUGUUUCUCUUAAUUUUAUUAUAUUGAUCAAAUGAGUAACACCGAUCAGAAGGGAGGAAACAAAAUGCAAAACAAAAUCUUGGAUUGUUUCUGAUGUCCAGAGCCGUCUCUUUUUUUUUUUUACACUCUACAUUUUUGUAUUUAUAAUUAUAUUGAAGAUCUACAUGUAGGAAUGGAAGUGUUGGUGUUUUUCUUUCCUGACACUUCAUUUUUGGGCUCGGAUCCAUGUAAUGUCUUUGAGUACACACAACAAAAUAGCCUAAAUAAUGCAAACAUUAAAAUUAGUUAAUUAUUGGUUGUGAUAAAAAUAAUUGUAUAGAUCA